AUGCCGAGAUCCACCCGUUCUUCGGUACGUUCUCGGGCUAUCGCAUCAAGCCAGAACGGCGUAGCGUCAACGCGCCGACAAACACGGAGCGGACAAACGCCAUCAUCAUCAGCGACUCCCAAAACGAGCAUCAUUCGACGCAGGAUACCAAAGCCGCCAACUUUUGCAUUCCUUGCUCGUCAUCAAGAUAUAAUCAACGCGGAUCCCAACAGACAGCUCCGUUUGUUCGCUCUUCCAAAGGAACUGAUCGAGCAAAUUGCAACACAUCUUCCCCUGACAUCAGUCAUCUGCCUUACUUUGACAUGCAAAGAGGCCGCUGAAACAGUUGGGACGCAGUCGUGGGCCACGUUGAAGAAGGAAGGCCGAUGGUCCGCGCACCGGUAUGACUUCAUCGAGCUUUUGGCGCGAGAUUGGGGUGACAGACUGGAUUACUGCCAGCGCUGCGACAUCCUUCAUCCCCCUCUGCAACCACCAAGAAACCACCGGGGCACAAAAUUGACUAAGCGGUGUUUUGGACAAGAUGCAAUGAUCGACUACCUCCCCCAAGAUGCGUCGCAAGGAUACAACCCAGUGCUAAUACACAUCACCAACGCCAUAGAGGAAACCAAAGACUUUGCUUCGAAGGGCGAUGUCGGGCCCCUUCUUGACACACUAUCUGGUAGUUUUGAGAUUAUGAAGAAGGAUUUAUACUGGUGUCUUGACUCGACCGGUCGGCGUAUCGACGGUAAUCUGGUGCUCAAGCAUGUCCACACCUUCCGGAGUCGAACGAGCAAGCGCAUCAGCGCGACGGAUCUGCUUACUCUACCUAUCCGUCUCUGCCCUCACCAGUCCACCGCUACAAAUACACCCGAAUCGUCCCGGUACAUCAAUGGUCGAUGUGUAGAGCAGAAUGGUCGCUUGCUGACACACGUCAUCGCCUCUGCAUUUCCAGAAUCAGAUCAGUCGCGAGUUGACGUGAGUACUUUCGGACCCCUGACACCGUCAGAGCAAGCGCAGGUAUUCGCUUCCAAAGCCGGAGAAAGGAUAUACUGGCAGUGUCGCUCGUGUCCGACGAAGUAUCGUGUGCAGCGAUGCCGGAACACAGUUGUGAUCACGAGCUGGCAUAGCUUUGGGAGGGAUAUGUACCAUGCGAUGAAAUACUGGAAGUGGUUGGUCAGACGGACUGGCACUACGCUGGGCCCAGACAAGAGGAACGACGAGUGGUGGAGUCCGUCGCGGACGGUGCCGGAUUUCAUGUGCGAACUCGAAUGA